AAGGCGAUUGUCAUAUGAUAGCUAAGAAGUGGCACAUUAAUGAAGCGCCGCUACAGGGGUCUUUUCUGCUCCUGUCACCGCUUAAAACUAUCAGAUGGUUCGAGGGAGGACAUGGAGGCAGCCACCUAGCUCAGUGGAGCCGCGAAGCCCACAGCAGCGCCCUCCGGAACCCCGAGGCCGCCGCUGCCACUGUCCGCGCCGGGACUCCGCCGCCGAGCUCGGCCGCCCGCGGAGCUCACGGCCAGAAGCGCCACGGACCGGGCGGCGCGGGGCGCUGCGGGUCUGAGCUGAGGAGCUCAGGAACGAGUGCAGCCCAGCCGAGGCCGGACACUGCGCCCCGGCUGCGCGCCGGGAGGGACUCGGCGAGCAGCAGCGCCAUCCCGGAUGCGGACGCGCAACUUGGGGCAACUUUAAGAUCCGAGCAGGCCCGCGCGGACCCAGAGCUAGAAAGGGGCAAAGAAGAAGAUGCCUCGGCCCGGCCGCAACACGUACAGCGACCAGAAGCCGCCCUACUCGUAUAUCUCGCUGACCGCCAUGGCCAUCCAGAGCUCGCCCGAAAAGAUGCUGCCCUUGAGCGAGAUCUACAAGUUCAUCAUGGACCGCUUCCCCUACUACCGGGAGAACACGCAGCGUUGGCAGAACAGCCUGCGCCACAACCUUUCCUUCAACGACUGCUUCAUCAAGAUACCGCGGCGGCCAGACCAGCCCGGCAAGGGCAGCUUCUGGGCGCUGCACCCCAGCUGCGGGGACAUGUUCGAGAACGGCAGCUUCCUGAGGCGCCGCAAGCGCUUCAAGGUGCUCAAGUCGGACCACCUGGCGCCCAGCAAGCCCGCUGACGCGGCGCAGUACCUGCAGCAGCAGGCCAAGCUGCGCCUCAGCGCGCUGGCGGCCUCGGGCACGCACCUGCCGCAGAUGCCCGCCGCAGCCUACAACCUGGGCGGCGUGGCGCAGCCCUCGGGCUUCAAGCAUCCCUUCGCCAUCGAGAAUAUCAUCGCGCGCGAGUACAAGAUGCCUGGGGGACUGGCCUUCUCCGCCAUGCAGCCCGUGCCCGCCGCCUACCCGCUCCCCAACCAGUUGACUACCAUGGGCAGCUCGCUGGGUACUGGCUGGCCACACGUGUACGGUUCGGCAGGCAUGAUCGAUUCGGCCACCCCCAUCUCCAUGGCUAGUGGCGAUUACAGCGCCUACGGCGUGCCGUUGAAGCCUCUGUGCCACGCAGCGGGCCAGACGCUGCCCGCCAUCCCCGUGCCCAUUAAGCCCACGCCGGCUGCAGUGCCCGCGCUGCCCGCACUGCCUGCGCCCAUCCCCACCCUGCUCUCGAACUCACCGCCCUCGCUCAGCCCCACGUCCUCUCAAACAGCCACCAGCCAAAGCAGCCCCGCCACUCCCAGCGAAACGCUCACCAGCCCGGCCUCCGCCCUGCACUCAGUGGCGGUGCACUGACCCGCAGAGGCCGGCGCCCCGUCUUGUUCCCUGCCCCCUCGCAGCUCACUCGCCUUCCCCGGCUCCCAGUCCUGCCCUCCCCAUCUGGGGCCGCCACCCUAACUUGUCCAGUUCACCUUCGGCCAACCCUCUCUCCCCCAUGAGAACUCUGUUUUGGACCCAGGAGACGCAACAAAAAACUUGCAGAUGGGCCUGGAGGCGCGUGGGAGUUGUCCUC